AUGCUUGUGCAGGCAAAAAUUGAACGUGUCAAGUUUAUUGUGAGAUCGUACAUCUGUACGAGGUUGUUGAAGAGGAAUACGCCGAUGGUUGAGAAGGACCACACGAGUUGUUUGGACUUUGAAAUUGAUACUCUGUCAGACAAGAUUGCCCUCCUCAGUUGCGAAUCAUUAGACAACAUGCAUAGCCAAGGUGUGGUCAUCCCCAUCACUCCUUGUACUCAAUCACAACUCUCCAAUCGGUUCUGCCACAUGGAACGCAAGAAACUUCUACGUCUUUACAAGGCCUUGAUAAGGGGGGGGAUCACACUGUCAGCCUAUGACCUCAUUCCUCCCUCCGCCAUGAUGACUAGAUCCUUAGAGGAAAAUGAAUGGCCCUCCACGUCUCUUGUCCCUCUCUUCGUCUUGCUCGGAUACACCAUCGCAACCACUCAAACAACCUUCUAA